UGAUGGGAAGCUCUGAGUUGUUUGAUUGUUAAUAUUAGACUAGUGAAGGUGAAUUGUCUCUUAAGGUAAAUGGAUAAGGCAGCAGAGGUGAGAGAGCAACCGCCCAGUUAUGAAUCAGCUACUACAUCGUUCGCGUCACCUCCUCCUCUUCAGGUGUACCCAGAGCCUCCUGAAUACAGUAGAGAUGGAAACAUCAGUGAACCAUGUGUUCCUGCAACAAUUGUACCUCCAUAUAGUCUGCCCUCUGCACCCUGUGUGACACUGCUUGAUUCAAAUACAGUCACGAGACCAACUGAGAAGUACUGGGCGUAUGAACUGUUCUUCUGUUUUUCUGAUCUGCCCGUCUGCAUCACCCAAUUUCUGUGCUCUUGUGUAGCUGAGUUCUCAACUGCGAAGAAGGCCAGCUACAAAAUGAUUGGGGUGACUCUCUCUAUUACAACGUGUAUCAUCUAUCUACUCUUUCUCGUCGGAAGUUGGAUGGCUUCAGAAAUGAUAGAUGAAAAUGAGUACUCAUACUACACUGAACAUGGAACGAUAGAUAACUACUAUCCCUGGUUUGCUGGAUCCAAACUAUUCAGGUUUCUGUGGUAUGUAGUGUGGUCUCUUUUUCUGAUCCGAAUCACACUGGCAGUUUUGUUGCGGAAACACAUCCGAAAAAAGUUCAAUAUCGGGACUAACAGAGGCACUAUGGGCAGCUACGAAGACAUCUUCUGUGUGUGCUGCUGUUACGACUGUGUCAUGUGUCAGCAGAUGUCCACGAUGAACAAAUUCGAGAAGGAGGGGAUUCUUUAUCCUACGACGUCAAUGGAGCAUGCUUAACGGAGUUCAUUCGCGAAGCGUACCCACAUAUCGGGCCUGACGAUUCGAAUGUAACCGCUUUGAAGCAUUAAUUUUUAUUAUGAAAACGCUCCCCUUUAAUAGACUACUAAUUUUAUCUGCCGCAAGAUUUUUUGUUUUGCCACUGCAGUGUAAAAGAUAUAAGGUUUUCUAUUG